AUGAUGGGAGUCGGGAUCUCAGCCGCAUGUCUGGGCGAAGACGCUAGUAUCCGCCAGGCCAGCGAGACUCGGGCAAAACGAAUGUUCCCGCAGUACAUAGCUGUGCACAUCAUACCUGAUCAGAUGAUGUCCUUCGGCGGCUCCACUGAUCCCUGCGCGCUCUGCAGCCUUUACAGCAUCGGCAAGAUAGGAGGGCAGCAGAACAAGACUUACACCAAGCUCCUCUGUGAUCUGAUCUCCAAGCACUUGCAUGUAUCUGCAGACAGGGUGUACAUCAACUACUUUGACAUGAACGCUGCCAACGUGGGCUGGAAUGGCUCCACCUUUGCAUAGAGCAUUCCUGAUGUCUGAAAAGGCUGCUCCUGGACCUGCUCUCACCCUGCCCCUUAGCAGAGAUCACCACACAAAUGGCCCUCUGUUGCAUUUUGUGAGAUCUCCGAGAUCGAUGGCUCCUUGAUAGUGUGUUUAAAUAUUGCUGCUUCAACAUUCCUCCAUUUUCUCUGUGUAGGAAACAAAUAAAGAUUUAGAAGUAA